CAAGUGGAAAGGAUCAAAAAAAAAUAGUUCCUCUGUUGAGUGUUUUUAAGGAAUUAAUAUCUUAUCUCUAGUCUCUCUUUUUCACUUGUCGAAGAAAAUUUUCUCUUUAAAAUAGACGAUAUAUAAUCAGUAGCACCAUGAAAGGUACAAUAAUAAAUAAUGUAAGACCAUUGACACCUGCGCUUCAGGCACUUGCUGCUGAAGAAUUAAAUGAAACACCUGACAGACUCGUCUCUGAUCUUCAAUUAUUAAAGAACUGGAUAAGUCAAUGUCCACAUUUGAGAGUUCGGACAGAUAAUCAGUUCCUAGUGACAUUUUUACGUGGAUGCAAAUUUAGUUUAGAGAAAGCCAAACAAAAGUUCGAUCUGUAUUACACAGUAAGAUGUCAUUUACCUGAAGUAAUGCUAAAUAGAGAUCCAUAUGAUGAUAAGCUUAGGAAGCUCAUUAAGUUGGGAGUUGGACUUCCACUUCCACUAACAGAAAAACCAGAUGGUCCGAGGAUAAUAUUAAUCAGACCAGGUGCAUAUGAUGCAUCAGUCUAUACCGUCGCAGAUGUUAUCAAAAUCAGUAAUAUGAUUCAAGACAUACUUAUGAAUGAAGAUGACAAUUACGUAGUCGCUGGCCAAAUUGGAAUUCUAGAUUGUGCAAAUGUAACGAUGGCUCACUUUAAGCAGUUCAAUCCAAGUUUUAUAAAGAAGAUAACAAUUAUGAGUCAAGAAGCUAGUCCUACACGUCAGAAGGGAUUCCAUUUCAUCAACACCCCGCGAGGCUUUGAAUCAGUUUUUAAUAUCUUUAAGACUUUUAUUAAUGACAAAAACAAAACAAAGCUCUACGUACACGGAAGCAAUUUAAAAUCACUCUAUAAAGUCAUUCCUAGACGAUUAAUGCCAACUGAAUAUGGUGGAGAAGUUGGAAGCUUAGAUAGUAUCAAUGAGGCUUGGGAAAAGAAGAUCAUAUCCUAUCGAGAUUACUAUAAACAAGAAGAGCAAUAUGGAGUUGAGGAGAGCAAGAGACCUCCUGCAAAUGCAUCAAAAAUGAAUGACUUAUUUUAUGGCACAAGUGGUUCUUUCCGACAGUUAGAAUUUGAUUAAGUUUAUGUCCAAUUGAUUCAUUUAAAACCAAUAAACAUGUCUCUAAGCAUUAAAGACAACAAUUUUGUAUAAAACGU